AUGAAAUAUUUGAAAAGAAAUACCGGCGAGCUGAAACAGUACACUCCCGUCAAACAGCAACGAAAAGAUGGUAAUUUAUUCGUCGUCCCCUGCGGUCGACCGAUUCAAGCCGCGUCGCCCAAAGAGCUCGAAAAAAAGAUGAAGAAUCGUGCCUCAGCGCUAGAAGCACGCAAACGGGCAAAGCAAAAAGAAGCGGAUUUGGAGAGGCGAUUUUUGGAACUUGAAUUGGAAAAUGAAAUUCAGAGGACGAUCAAUAUGCGAUUGAAGGCGCUGAUUGAAAAAUACACAUCAAGGACACCAAAUCAACCGAAAGAACCCCUCAAGCAGCCGCUCGUCGCGCCACCUCCAGCUCAGCCAGCGUCUAUUGCUCCAAUAAACCAUCCAGCUCAACCAGUUUCACCACUCGUUCACACUCAACCUGUAUAUCAAGAUCCUCAAAUUCAAUACAUCGAGAAACCAAUUUCGCCGCCGGCAAAAUAUCAACCCUUGGAGACGAAAGAUUCGUUUUCAGAGUAUUUCUCCAAUAUCCCGUCCCCGGUUCCUAAUGGUUCCAAUUCCGGACUGGACUCUGCCGGCCAUUCAACGACCAGUUCAAUUUGCUCAUUACCGCCAUCACCCGAGAACAGCCCGAAAUUUGCGAAAAAGAAGCUUGCAGAAUUAAGCCCGCCUGUUUCUGCGAAACCUCCAAAACCAACCAGUAGUUGCCUAGAAACAUGCCCGAUGGAUGAUUUUGAAGACUCGCUGGAAUUUCUUUUCGGACUGUAA